GCUGCUUAUAAAAGCAAAAAAAAUCUACUCCUAGGUCGGUCAAGACUCAAGACCAGGGCGGCGGCCGCGUUCCAUUCUGCGCAAGGCGACGACUGCGGUUGGGAAGGGAAGACGCCUACAAACCCCUCUCUACCUCUCCUCUGCGAACCACCUGCCGCCGGAAGCCCUAGAGGGCUCGACCCAUGGAUCCGCCGCAGCAGCCGGAGCCUGUCACCUACGUCUGCGGAGAUUGCGGAGCUGAGAACACCGUGAAGCUAGUAGACGUCGUCCAGUGCCGUGAAUGUGGCCACCGCAUCCUCUACAAGAAGCGGACCCGCCGGAUUGUCCAAUUUGAAGCACGCUGAGGAGUGACGACAGGGGAAAAACACUGGAGAUGGUUGAUCUAUUACUCGCCACUCACCUAUGUAAAGAGUCUUGUGAGGGAAAUGAAAGUGUCAGACAUAAUGUUUGAAUGAAUGUCGUGUGCCUCUUUUGGGCUUGAAAACUUUAAUAUGUAAGGCUUGAACUAGGGUCGGAUUUGAGCAUUGAGAUACUGCAGUAAUAUGUUGAUGGGUCCUCCUAAGUACC